AUGCCGACAAGCCUGAAUCCUCAGGUUUCGACGCCUUCACGCUCCUCUGAUAUAACAACCGGUGUUGAGAAGGCCCUUCCAUCUAUAGAACAUCUACGUGCUUCUUUCUGCUUUGUUGAGAAUCCCGAGGAGCAUACAGAGCCCCUGGAUAAAACGAGUGCAAUGUCUUCACCACAGCAACGGUUGUCCUCAAUCGCAAAUCAGCUGUCUGGCCCUAGUGCUGCGGCUGCAAAGCAGAAGCUAUUGGUCAAAAACCCGGACGAUGUGGUCAUCACACUGGCCGUCCGCACCCCCCUUACGAAAGCUAGAAAGGGGGGUUUGAAGGAUACCUCUUUGGAUAAUUUGCUUAUUUCUAUUCUGACGUCCGUUCGGGAACGGUCGAAUCUUGACCCUAAUCUGGUCGAAGAUGUGUGCGUUGGCAACGUACUUUGCCCCGGUUCGGCAUACAUCGCACGCUCUGCGGUGUUGGCGGCCGGAUUCCCGGUGACUGCAGCGGCGUCGAUUGCCAACCGAUUUUGUUCUUCCGGCUUGCUGGCCAUUCAGAACAUUGCUAACCAGAUUCUGGCCGGUUCGAUCGACGUAGGUGUUGCCGUGGGAGCAGAAAGUAUGAGCACGAAUCCCGACAGCGGUGCCCCGGAGAUGUCUUCUCAGAUUAUGUCGCACCCACUCGCCUCUCAGAACAAGCAACCUAUGGGCCAAACCUCGGAGAAUGUUGCGGCUCAGUUCAACAUCUCUCGCGAGAUGCACGACCAAUUCGCCGCUAAGAGUUACCAGAAGGCGGAGCGCGCCCAGAAGGCUGGCUGGUUCAACGAUGAGAUCGUCCCGGUCCGUACCACGACCAAGGACCCCAAGACUGGGGAAGUGAAAUACGUCGUUGUGGAUCAAGAUGAUUGCAUUCGGUACGGCACCACUGCCGAGUCACUUGGAAAGAUCCGUUCGGCGUUUCCUCAGUGGAAGCCCAAUGCUACUACUGGUGGGAAUGCCAGUCAAAUCACCGAUGGUGCGGCCGCCGUCAUCCUCAUGAAGCGCUCUCGUGCACAAGAAUUGGGGCAGCCGAUUUUGGGCAAGUUCUGUGGCGCUACCGUUGCCGGCUUGGAGCCCCGAAUCAUGGGUAUUGGCCCAUCGAUUGCCAUUCCUAAGAUUCUCACCAAGUUCGGCUUGACCAAGGACGAAAUUGAUAUCUUUGAGAUCAACGAGGCAUUUGCAUCCAUGGGUGCGUAUUGCGUCAAGAAACUGGAUCUUGACGAAGCCAAGGUGAACCCCCGGGGUGGUGCAAUUGCCAUCGGUCACCCAUUGGGAUGCACUGGAGCACGCCAGGUUGUCACCGCCUUUUCUGAGCUACGACGGCAAAACAAGAGAGUAGCUGUUACUUCUAUGUGUAUUGGAACUGGCAUGGGUAUGGCUGGUAUCUUUGUCUCGGAACACUGA